GGCUGCGGCCGCUCGCGCGAGAGGAGUCCGUUUCCUCACCUCACCCGCCUCACCUCACCCCGGCCGUUGCCCUCCCGCGGCCGGCCUUGUUCGCCCUCCUUCCCCUCCCCUUAACGACGCCGAUCCCGCCGCCGCCUCCAUGUCGCCGGUGCGGGCGGUGUUGGCGCUGCUGGCCGCCCUGGCGGCCCCGGCGGCCGGCUACUUCGUCAGCAUCGACGCGCACGCGGAGGAGUGCUUCCUGGAGCGGGUCCCCUCCGGGACCAAGAUGGGCCUCAUCUUCGAGGUGGCCGAGGGAGGCUUCCUCGACAUCGACGUGGAGAUAACGGGUCCUGAUAACAAAAACAUCUACAAAGGAGACAGAGAGUCCAGUGGGAAGUACACCUUUGCGGCUCACAUGGAUGGAACAUACAAGUUUUGCUUCAGCAACAGAAUGUCCACCAUGACCCCGAAAAUAGUGAUGUUCACUAUUGACACUGGUGAAGCCCCAAAGGGGCAAGAUAUGGAGACAGAAGCUCAUCAGAACAAGCUAGAAGAAAUGAUUAAUGAAUUAGCAGUGGCCAUGACAGCCGUCAAGCAUGAGCAGGAGUACAUGGAAGUGCGUGAAAGGAUACAUCGAGCAAUUAACGACAACACCAACAGCAGAGUGGUCCUCUGGUCCUUUUUUGAAGCUCUUGUGCUAGUUGCCAUGACACUGGGACAAAUCUACUAUCUGAAGAGGUUUUUCGAAGUCCGGAGAGUUGUUUAAUCAAACUUUAUCCUCCACCCCCUCGUUUUUUUCCAGUGAUCCCAGACUCUCCAUCCACUGCCUACCAAAUGACUUGGUUGCAGAAAUCAUCUAGGUUUUCUUUACCCCUGUGUUCUGAAUGAUACAAUUUGUGUUUUAAGUUUCUUCUUAGCUUUAAAUUGUUGGGUUUUUUUUUUAUAGAGAGAGAUUCUCUCUAGGGAAAUACACGCUAAGAGUUGCUCAUUGAAAUUGGCCGAUUUUGUUUCUUACAAUCCAAAGUGGGUUCAACAGAAAUCACACAUGUUAGUUUUAAAACAGUACUGUUGGGUUUUUUUAAAGUUCUUUUCCUGAUUCUCCCCGUAUUUACACACACACCCUUGUUUGUGUGUUUUUGUUUUGGUUAGCUAAAAAGAUAACUCUUCCUACCCACGGGAAAUGGUAGCACAGUCCAAAAAGAGACUUUUUGAUAUUACGGCUUAAACCUGUGGGGAUACUCUUAACUCUUUAAAAGAAUUUCUUUUCCAGCGUACAUGGGAAUCAUGCAGACCUGCCCGUACUUUGAAGAAAAUAACCCCCUAUGCCAGGAAAGAAAUGGGUGUCUUCCUGGUCAAACAGAACCGAACUCCCGCUGAUGGUUCUGUUGGGAUACCCUGAGUUGGCGCCUCUAAAAACCUUCAGUACUUUCACUGUAAUUACACUGGGUUGUUCCCUGAAAUUCUUGCUUGAUAGAGAUCAGAAAGGUCACACACUGCUUGUACCAUUUUGCCACGUGGUCGUGGCAGACAAACCUGUGAACAAGCAGCUGUGUGUAGGAACUUGACAAAACAUGACCCCCCCCCCACCACCAUGUUGUUCUUUUCUCUCUGUUUUGCUUCUAGAUCCAAAGCUGCUUCUGUGUUUAGCACUGUUGUAGAAUUGAGUACUCAGGAUGAUGGUUCCUGAUGCCAAGCGGUUAAUUAAAGGGGAGGGAGGUUUUAUCUUAAUGCUAUGCAGCCCCAUAUAUCUAAAUCUAUCUAUAUAUUUUCAAAGAGCAGCAUCUUGGCUGCGGAGAUGUCCUAAUAACACCAGGACUGUACGCCACCUUUCCUGUGAGGGAGACUCAUGUGCCUUUUACAUGACAGAGAAAAAAAUAUGAAAUGGGUGCCAUUUUUCCGGGUCAAUGAAUCUUCCCAGGAGGUCCUUGUGCAGUUAAUAGGGAAAACAACGGAGAGGGCCAGUGGGUGGAGCUUCCCAGUUCCUGCAACUCUGAAAAGAAGCUGUGCCUCUUGAGUUUCUCUUUGUUGAACUGCUGUUGAAAGCACAGGAGCCUCUGUCAAGAAAGGAGUUGGCAUUCCCAAAAUAAGGCUGUUUUGAAAUACCAAUAUAUUUUGGGUGGUUUUUUUUUCCUCUCUCUUCGGAUAUGCAUUGACUUCAGUUUUUGUACAAACUAUUUUUCUUCUAUCCGGGAUGAUGGGUUU